CCAGUCGAUAUCCUCGUUCUCGUUAAAGUGCGUAUAAAGAUGUAUCUGAGAGUAUCCACCUUGUCGCUGUUUCUCAACACCAUCGUCCUCGCCUACGAGCCUCAAAGCCAGCUUUCACCAGAUCUGCCAACCUCUCACUGGAUGCAGCACCUUUUCGACUACAUUGUCGCGACCUUCCGUCCAAGCCUGAUCACUCUCUUCGUCCCGGAGUCCAAGGACGAAGAGUUUCGUCGCGCCGACUGUUUCUUAAAGAGCGCUAUCAGCAAUACCACGAUUCUUAUAGUGGACUUGGAGCAGCUCUAUCUUAACGCCUCGAUUUUUCAACUAGUCGUCUUCGGUUACCCUCGCAGGAUCAAUUUCUACGCGGUGAUCUACCCUUCGAUCGAGCUAAUGACGGAUUCUUCAAGACUGAAGGAUUCGCUGGAUUUGAUGGUGGAGAUCUCUCCUAGACCCUCGAGACCUAGGGUAUUGCUCAUUCUCUUCGGCAGUAAAACUCUAGCCCAAACUCUCAUCGACUCGAUCCUGCUGUUCGCCUGGUCGAGGAAGUUUCUCGACUUCACCAUAAUCGAUCAGCUGAGCGUUACUUACCACUACUACAAUCCAUUUCUCGAAAGGUUCUUCUUCGGAAGAUACGCGCAAGGCCUAAACUUGUUCCCGGAUAAAUUGACGAACCUUUACGGAUACAGGCUCAAAGCCGCGGCGACGAAAAAUCCCCCGUACGUUCUUCUAGAGAGAAACGAAACUGGCUACCCUCUACUGAACAGGAAAAAGGGAUCGAGCUUCAGGACACUGAGAAUCCUAGCGAAGAAGAUGAACUUCACCUACGAGUUUCCACCUUCCUCCUUCGAGUACUAUAACGAAGGCAACGAGGAGAGUCUGUUCGAGAGGAUGUAUCAAGGUGAGAUUAAUCUGAGCACGAAUCAUCUGUUCAUUCGCAAGACCACGACGAAGUUCGACAAGUUAGAAAGAAGCACCAUAACGCUUAUCGAGGAAUACACAGCGCUGGUGCCGAUGAGGCUCGACAAGCACAUAAAGAUACCUGACGACUUAUACGCAUACCUGAUGACGAGUCUUUUCAUAAUCGGGCUCUUCUACGCCGUAUCCCAUGCUCUCAAGUUCGACAAGCCGUUCUGGUUGCCCACAAAAAUUGUACAGAUCAUCCUCAACAUGACGAUUCUCCGACAACCCAGAAGCUGGCCCGAACGCUUUGCUUUUCUAGGUCUGACCUUAUUUUCCUUCAACUUCACCAUAUCCAUGAUAACGACGAUGACGGAGAUCCAGUUCGAGCCGUACGAGGACAUGUCCUUCACGAACGUCAGUCUCAUGGGAGAGAAAGGAUUUAUACCUGUUGUGCUAAAUCAGUUUCGAGACAUCAGUCUGGAGUGCGAGGUCGAGGAAAACGAGGAGUUCAAAAGAAGGCUUUUGGUCGUCGACGACGCCGACGACUGCGCCAUCAGACUGAACAACGGCGAGAAGCUCGUCUGUUUCAUGACUCGUUACAUGGGCGAACGUGCGAUCCUAGACUACCUGAAGAAGAAGGAGCAGCCUCAGAUGCGCCUCAUCACACCCUACCUCUGGUCCUCUUGGAAGUGUAUGGUAUUCGAACGUGGCUCGCCAUUCCUCGACGGUUUCGAUCGGAAUUUAGAAAAACUCCGAGAUUCCGGUCUACUCGCGAGGUUCGUCUACGACGUGACCUACGACUGGACCAAAGAGGCGCUGAUGUACCCUGACGAAGCCGACAUUCUGAGUAAACAGGUCAUCACGUCUUCGCAAUUGAUGGCUCAACUGCUUAUCGGUUACUCUGUCGCCUCGCUAGUGCUGGUCCUAGAAUUGGCCAUUGCCAGGUUGCCGAGAAAAUUGAGGUGGUCCAGUUUUCGACUUAGGGGAUCUUAUGAGAGGACGAAACGACUAAUAGAGAAUGUUAGGUACGACUUAAAAAUGCAACAUUUAUUCUGA